AUGGGUGACACCGGUCUGCAUGGUGACAACAGUGCUGCACUUGUGUUUCGUGACACUUGCGACGCCCAUACCUUAUGCGAGACUGAUGCCGAAGGUGAGAAAACUAGUGGUAGGAGAUGUAGAUCGAGAGUUCAGUCACAGAACAAAUGCUCGUCCAUGUUUGCUCCACCCGGAGACGAAGUGUGUCGUGAGAAAGUUAGCAAUAUUUCGGUGUUCGAAGUGCAUACGAGGUAUAAAUUCUUCGGAGCAGUUGAGUUGGAUAUGAACAUUUUCGUUUUAGGUGAAUGGAUCAGAUCGCUGCCAACUAGAGGAACAGAAAUUCAAGAAGAACUUGUACUAGAAGCGAUUGCUGGCCUGCGCAGUUGUAAGUUGUCAAGAAACGGCAUAUUUCUUACUGUACGUAAAGGUUGUGAUGUAGUAAUGGAAAUGGGCAAGUACAUGACUGCGAAAGCGGAGUUUAUAUAA